GCUCUGAGAUGAAAAAGUUAAUCCGAAUGGGAAUAGCUUCAUCCUCUAACCUUCCCUUUUCCUACUCAUCAUUUUUUGUCUCUUCUCUCUUAAAGCAAUACUUCACCUUCAUAAUCUCUUUUGUCACCAUCCCAUUUUUGCUUGAUUUCUCUCAUCGAGAGUGAUCACAAGAGAGAAUUCAGUGUUCAUACACGCGCAGCUAGCAGAUCUGCAAGAGACAAACGAUGUCGGAUUGGGGACCAGUGUUCGUUGCAGUAGUGCUGUUUAUACUUUUAACUCCAGGUUUGCUGAUUCAGAUACCGGGUCGUCACCGAUUCAUCGAGUUCGGAAACUUUCAGACGAGCGGAGUUUCCAUACUGGUUCACUCUAUACUCUACUUUGCUCUGAUUUGCAUCUUCUUGUUAGCUGUUGGAAUCCACAUGUAUAUUGGUUCAUAAUCAUAAUCACAGCCUUCAUUUUGAUCGGAGAUAUGGAUAUGGAAGAAAUUCAAUUUCUGUGUCUUCUUUAUGGUAAUUCACUUUAUUGUGUUGUGUGGCAAAUCUAAAGAUUUUAUGCUGGUAGUAUAAAAUUGCUGUGAGAAUCAAAUGUAGGGAAUUAUUAUUAUUAUUAUUUUUUUAAAUUGGAGUGUGGAAUUCCUUGAUUUUGAUAA